UCGCGACCUCACAAGCGAAUUAAAUUUCGUGUAAGAAUGUGCUUUUCUGUCGAUCGUACAAGUCAAUUUGAUUAUAGAUUGAGGAGUUUAUUUGUACAGAAACGUGAUAAAAGACCGAGGUCGAUAAUCUCGAAGCAGCUGAUAUAAACAAAACCACGUGUUCGUAUAGGAAAUCGCUGAAAUGGCUUCGAGCACGUCAUUAGAAACUAUUGUUCAAGUGAAUGAAUCCGCGCAGAGGUAUCUUUGUCAAUCGAUGAAUUUCGCAACCGAUGACAGACAAAAUUACGAUAAAAUGAGGAUGGCGAAGAUGUCACGUAAGACUAGCGUACCUGCUAAGAAGAAUUUGCCCAAGCAGGAGAGUACCAAUCACGGUCAUCAACACAAAUGGUUGACAGGUAAACGAAGACAUACCUUUAGUGGUGAAAAAUUUCCGCCAAAGAAAAGAUAUCGUGGGAAUGUUAUUGUUCCGCCGACAAAAUUUUUGCUCGGUGGUAAUAUUAACGAUCCGCUUAAUUUGGAAAGUUUAGCCGACGAAGAAGUUAAUAAGAGAGUAAAUCAGGUUACUCCGUAUUCUUCUCCGAUCCCGACACCCAAAUACCGUACUCAAGUCGAAGUACUCAUACCGACAAAUAUAAAUGAUCCGUUAAAUCUUAAUACAGGGGAAGAUAUAGAAUUUAAUUUAGUUUCUCCAAAAUCCAAAAAGAAUAGAAGGAAUCGUAGUCGUAAAAAGGAAGCAACCGAAGUUAUUGAAGACAAAGUCGAGGAUGUACCAGUUGCCGAAGAGAAAGAAAAAGAAGUUGAAUUGCCAAUAAAAACCACCACAGAAGAUCUCAAAAAUUUACAUAUUCCUACUUCUAAGAGUGAAGAACGAGUGGUUGAUAAAAUUGUAUCGCCUGUUGUUCCGCAAGGUUCCCCGUCAAAGUUCCCUCGUAGAUAUCAUAGGAGUAUAUCAAGAGAAAAUGUUGAAGGUGUGAAAACAGCCACCACAAAAAGUCAGAGAAAACGACAUAAGCAACGUAAGAAGCAGCCCGAUCAAGUUAAAUAUCGUGAGAAAGAUGAACAGUUUCGAUAUGGAAAUUACAACCGUUAUUAUGGAUAUCGCAAUCAGCACGGUGAAGAUCCUCGAUUGAAAUGUAUGAAAAAGAAGUGGUUUGAAGGAAAAGAUGUGUUGGAUAUUGGUUGCAAUGUUGGUCAUUUUACUCUUGAGAUUGCCAAAAACUUAGGUCCAAAAAAGAUCAUCGGUUUAGAUAUCGAUCCUGCUUUGAUCAAAGUUGCUCGGAAAAAUGUACGUCAUUAUAUUUCUACGCAAAUGUUAGGAAAUGAAGUAUUUCCAGUUUCAAUGGCUGUGUGUUAUGGACCUGUAGCUCGUACAACUUUACCUUUUGGAUCAAAACAACCAGUCUCAUUUCCAAACAAUAUAUUCUUUGUACAGGGAAACUAUGUAUUGGAAUCAGAUGAAUUUUUGGAAAUGCAAAGGCCCGAAUUUGAUACUAUCUUAUGUUUGAGUCUUACUAAAUGGAUACACUUAAAUUGGGGUGACGAAGGUGUGAAAAGAGUUUUCCGGAGAAUGUUUGCUCAGUUGCGACCGGGAGGAAGAAUGAUUCUGGAAGCACAACCAUGGCCUUCUUAUGUUCGCAAAAAGAAGUUAACGGAAACUACUUUUAAAAAUUAUUUGUCGAUACAAAUGAGACCUGAGCAGUUUAAUGAAUAUCUAUUAUCAAAAGAAGUUGGAUUUAGCACAUGUGAAUUAAUUGAUGCACCAGCUCAUCCAUCAAAAGGUUUUUGUCGGCCAAUAUAUUUGUUCACUAAGGGAGUAACAUCUCCAAGAGAAGAGUCAAUAGAAAGUCAAGAAGGAAAAUCAGCUAAUUCUAAAAAAGAAACUGUGGAUAAAUGAGAGUUUGUAUAUAGGGUGUCAAGACAAAAUUGUUCUAGCCAUUUUCUCACUAAAUUUUGGAUUUACAGAAAUUUUCAAGGUUUUUAUGGCAGAAGAAAGACUUUUUCGUUAAACUUAUUAAAAAUUAUGAAAUUUUUAGAGUACAUAUUAUAAACUUAAUUAGAUGAUACCUGCUAAGGUCACUAAGAAACUUGUAUGUGACAAAAUAAAAUUAACACUAGAAAAAUGAAAUCCAAUUUUCAUGAAAUAAUACAAGAUCAUCCAAAAAUUAAAUUUUUUAUCAUGAUGACUUCAACAAUAAAAUCACAUUGUGCUAAACUUCAUUUUUUAGAAUUAUUUACUUGUUUUAUAAAAAUUGGAUUUUCUCUUAUGGUGUUAACUUAAUUUGUCAUGUACUGUCUUUCAAUAAGAAACCAAAUAAAGUGGAUAAAUAAAUCAAAUAAUUUGAAACGAAAACUUUUGUAGUUUGGCUAUAAUUAGAAAAUGUUUGUUUGUUGUAAAUAAUACUGGAUUAUAAAGGUUUUUGUUUCAAAUUUUUAAUUUUUCUAGUGGCCUUGGAAAUGGUAUAUAAAAAAGGUAAAAAUUUAUCUUAAAAUUUAGAUUAAUUUUUUUCUUUACUACAAGUUUAAUGUAAUAUACAAAAAUACAAUUCUUUUUCCAAGAGAAAAACUUUUAAAAUUUUCAUAAUCCUAAUUAGCAAGAAAUAUCCCAGGAUAAUUUUAUCUGGCACCUUAUAUAACUUGUACAUUUUUACAGUCUUCACACAAAGGAGAUUCUAUCACCUGCUAACAUUUCUUCACUGUGUGCCACUUAAAACAAUUCAUCUGUGAUCCAAUCACCUUGCUGUGUUGUAUUUCACAAUAGUUGGGAUAAUUUCCUUUUAUAGCUGUUCAUGCAAAAUAUAACAUUUGACUUGGGUUAAUUGUGAAAUAAAUUUUAUUUAGAAUGAA